UCCAGCCAGAAUCCUGGAACCGAAACUCCAGAGACGUCUGUCCCCAGGCCAUGGAUAUGCCCCGAGCAGUAAAGACGCAGUGUCCCUGGCGCCCAUGCCUCUUCGGCCUGCUCCUGCAGCUCCUCUUUGCUCUGGGUUUCUUCUCCUACACCCGAGUGUCCUAUGACCAACCUGGACCCCCAGCUCCUGAUCGCUCCCCAGGACCAGCCUCCACCCCGACUCCCCCUGCCCCCAAACCCCUCCUCAUCUUACUAUGGACAUGGCCCUUCCACACACCAGUGGCUCUGUCGCCCUGUUCCAAGAUGCUCCCGGGCACCGUCGACUGCCAGCUGACCGCCAACAGGAGCUUGUACCCCCAAGCAGACGCGGUCAUCGUCCACCACCGCGAAGUCAGCGCCAACCCCGGGUCACAACUGCCACCUCAGCCGAGACCACCAGGCCAGCGCUGGGUGUGGUUCAGCUUGGAGUCGCCCAGCCAUUGCAGCCAUCUGUCAGCCCUGGAUGGUUACUUCAACCUCACCAUGUCCUAUCGCAGUGACUCUGACAUCUUCACGCCCUAUGGCUGGCUGGAGCCGUGGCCAGAGCCUCCAGGCCAAAUCCAGGUCAACCUGUCUGCCAAGACUGACCUAGUGGCCUGGGCUGUGUCCAACUGGAACUCCAAGUCGGCCCGGGUGCAGUACUAUGAGAACCUUAAGAGUCACCUCCGUGUCGAUGUGUAUGGCCGAGGGCAUAAACCGCUUCCCCAAGGCAACAUGACAGAGACACUGGCCAGAUACAAGUUUUACCUGGCGUUUGAAAACUCCCUUCACCCAGAUUACAUCACAGAGAAGCUGUGGAGGAAUGCUCUGGAAGCCUGGGCCGUGCCUGUGGUCCUGGGGCCCAGCAGGAAGAACUAUGAACGGUUCCUGCCCCCUGAUGCCUUCAUCCACGUGGAUGACUUCAAGAGCCCAGGGGACCUGGCUCGGUACCUGCAGGAGCUGGACAGGGAUAGCCUGAGCUACCAGCGUUACUUUCGCUGGAGGAAGACGCUCAGGCCUCGCUUGGGGAGCAUGGCCCUGGCCUUCUGCAAGGCGUGCAGGCAGCUGCAAUGGGACCAGAAGUACCAGACGGUCCCCAGUGUGGCCUCUUGGUUCCACUGAGGUGGCUGGCCAGAGUCCUGCAGGCAGUGUCCAACCCAAAGUCACUGUCUGUAGCACCUACGUGACAGACACCCCCCUUUACCUGGGACCCCUUAAUGGGCACCUUAGCUUCUCAGAACCUUGGUUUUGGGGUCUUCAUCUAGAACUUUGUCCACUGUGGGUGUGGGUAGCUAGAAGCCUGAGCCAUAGGAAGAGAACCUGCUGCUGACACACUCCGCUCUAGGCCACGACUUCCCAGGUCCCGCCCACUCGUGGGUAGGGGGUCUGCCCCAAUUGCUUGCUGUGUUUAUGAAGCAGCUAUCCCUGUGGCUGCUGUGGGUGUGGAACGGACACAGCCAUCUACAUGAGACCUUAUUCUAUGAGUCUCACUCAGGGUGGGAGUUGGUGUGAUCAGGAGCCUCAGCCCUGUGGGUGGCCCUGUGUGGCUCCUCAGCCUGGCUGCAGAGCUGAGGCUGUGGAGACGCUCUGUUUACGUUUCCAUCUCUGGUAGGUUCCACCCUGCUCUGCGGCUGGCAUGCUGGAAGUGGGUGGGAGACAGGACGCCAAGGUCCCCGCGGGCCUGGGUGGGAGCUGCUUCCCUGAACACAGGGACACACACCCACCUGGGCAAGGGAGCCCUGGGGAGCACAGCUUUGGACUCCCAGACCAACUCUGAGGCUUCAUAGUCUGACCACACUGGGGAAACUGAGGCCAGGAACAAUCACUACCAGUUACUGGGUUCCACGGCACAUGGUGGUUCUGGCCUUUCAGCCACCACUAGCUGAUUCAGAUGAAACGGAAUGGGAAAUCCAUCUCCUCACUCCUGGUGUCUCUGGAAGCUGGGGUGCUGGACAGAGCUCAGGGGCAGGUGUCUGAGUCUAACCUUGGUUCUGGGGUCUUUAUCAAGAACUUUUUCUCCAAUAGAGAACACCCGUAGGCUGGGGCCAGCACCACGUCCUGCAGGGCAGCGGGAGGUCUUGCUGCAAAUAUCUGGGUGAAGAGGGGUGCCCCUUGGAGCCCCCACUCUGGAGCACGGGGCAGAGGUGUAUCUUCAUCCCACUGACCACUGUGGAAGCUGGACAGGGACAGAAUUCCCUAAACGCCAACCUGAGAGUCUGUAGAUGCCAUGGUCAUAGCAAGCUGGGAUCAAAGUGUCCUCACCCUUUGUGGUACCCACAGAACCUCAUCUCUGGGAACACAAUACUGCUUGGCACCCUUCAGGCCUUCCGAGGGUCAAUGUGACACCAAGGCAAAGACACUUGCACCCCAGGCCAUGGUACCCCUGUUCUUCCACACCCAGCCAAGGUUUUAGGGUACAGGAUCUGGGUCCUUGGGGACCCAGCUGUGCCCAGUAGAUGCCAGCUUGGACUGGAUGGGGGCUGACACCCAUCCCAGACCUGUCCCCUGCCGGUGGAAGGAGACAGUCAGUGCCAUGGGGUCCGGGGUGCACUCAGACAGCGGCAGAACGGUCCUGGCCUCCACUCGUGGGCCCCAACCCGUAUCUGUCACAAGUGGCUCGAAUGAGCACAGGAAAGGACGACAUCACUGUCCCCUCAACUUAUUUUCUCUGUAGGGGUUUGGUUCGAGAGUCUCGGGUGAGUCUAGAACUCGAGACAUGGCCAAGCUUGGUCUCAAACCCCUGAUCCUUGCGCGCCUCCCGAAUGCUUAGAUGACAGGCCUGUGCCAGCCCACACCGGUGCCACUACACCCAGCCUCAGCUUUCGCUGUCCUCUGCCUUUGUGGUCUCUAGCGUGUGCAAUCCGCGCAUGCACGCAUGCCAGUCCCUGCUGGGGUAGAAGCCAAUGGCAUUGCCUUUGGGGAAUAGGGUCUCUGGCUGCACCUGGUGCGCUCUCCUUCCGGGAUGCUGGGUUUCCUGGAGCUCCUCAGUCCCCGGAUCCCGUCAUUUCCAGGUCCCCAGCCUCCUGCAGCUUUUCACGUGGGCCCUUAAGAUCCAAGUCAGGUCCUCGUGCUCGCAAAGCAGAUGCGGCACGCACUGGGGCACCGUCCCAGCCUUCUGGUCUCCCUUUUCUCCCAGGACACUAGGAAGCCUCCCACGUCCGCCAUCGGGCGAGGCCUGCAGGCAAGUGCACAUGGGUAUGGCGGCACUGUCUGCCACGCCCAGGAAGGAAACCCACAUGCACGUGGACGUGGGCUUGCACGUGCACUCACCCCCUGCACAUGCAUUGCCUGUCUGUGCUGACACUGCCGGCCUGAGAAAUUCUCAAAGAUCUGCAGCUUCGAAUUUAUCGUUCAGCCUGCGGAGGAUCUAGAGAGACAGAUGGUUCAGGGGUGAGGGAUCCCCACAUCGCACCCUACCCCCACCCUGCUGCAGUGCGCACGUGCCCUUAGGGCCAUGCCUAGACCCCUGCCCCCAGUGGGCUCUUCACCCUCCCAUCCCGGAUGUUGACCUCCCUGUAUCUGGGCCCCAUUGCCCCUUCCCUCUCUCCAGAUCCGUCUAGUUGGGCACAGUGUGCCCGCUCUAUUUCACUUUUGUAGAAAUAAAGGGACCCAGUAGCACGUGUCCCUCACCCUGACACUUGAAAAUUUGAGGCAGGAGAAUUGGGAAUUGGGGGAAGUUUGCCAAGGGCAGUUUGGAAUGGAGCGACCUUUUGUGUUUUGUUUUUAAUCCUCCAAAAAAAGUUGAGUCAGGCGGAUCUCCAUGAGCUCAAGUCCAGCCAGGUCUACACAGUGAGUUCCAGGUCAGUCGAGCUACAAAAAUAAAGAAACCCUGUUUUAAAAAAGAAAAAAAGAAGACAUGUGGGGCCUCCAGGUGGCUCGGUGGGCCAAGACACUUAAGGCAGGGUAGCCCAGGCUAACCUGGAACUCUCUCUGUAGCCCAGGCUGGCCUCUGCCUCCCGAGUGCUGGCAGUAGAGGUGUGUGCCGUGUGCCAGCACACCAACACUUGCUGAAGUCUAGCCUUGACUACUGACAGAUACCAUGUGCCUUAGGUGUUGCUGUAACAACACCAUGGCCAUAGCGACUCUUAUAAAAACAAACAUGUAGUUGGGGCUGGUUUACAGUUCAGAGACCGAGUCCAUUGUCAUGGUGAUGAAGGGACACACAGCAGAAGUGCCGCUGGCGCUGGCACUGAGAGACAGAAAAGGCAAGUGCGUGCCUCUGUGUGUGUGUGUGUGUGUGUGUGUGUGUGUGUGUGAGAGAGAGAGAGAGAGAGAGAGAGAGAGCGCGAGCGUGUGAGUGCGGGUGCGUGUGU